CAUGAGGCUCCCAUGGCAGCUGAAGCAGCUCCCCUAGACUUGUCUCUCACGUUGGCCCCCAUGUCUCCUUGGGCUGUUCUUCCUUCUGGCAGCAGUAGCCACCGCAGCGGCGCCGCAAGAUCGAGGCUCUUCUCUUGCCUCUUCUGCGAGAGGAAGUUCCUCAAGUCUCAGGCGCUAGGGGGGCAUCAGAACGCGCACAGGAAGGAGAGGGUCGUCGGCAGCUGGAACGCCCACCUCUACCUCCCUGACCAUCCUCGUCCCCCGUUGCCGGACACCGCGACGGGUUACCUUGUUGACGACGGCGACGAAGACAAGUACCAGAAGCUUGAUCUUAACCUCAAGCUUUAAUUAGCUCUAGCUCGUGUGCACGCUGUACGGUACGUACGCUAAGUUCGCUCCAUUGGUCAUUGCCUACGUACACUGCUAGUUUUGUGUAAUGACUUU